CGACGAUCUAAAUAAUGAAAUAUUGAAGGCAUUUCUGGAACCGAAAGCAUCAGACUGAACAGGAACAAAUACCAAGUCACUCGCUGAGUCGCAGGUAAACGCAGUCUGUUUGUGUUUGCCGCCACCACCGACUUCGAUUCGGAAACUAAGAAACUAUGCCGUCUCUGCAGACCGCCUUGCCUCCUGAGCUUGCUAACAAUGUGAUCAGACUUUACCGUGAGUGUAUUCGGAGAGCUAAAUAUGUCGGUCAUCGGCAACACAAUACACAACUUGUUGUUGACAUGGUGCGGCAGCAGUUCAAAAAAAAUAUGCACGAGACAGAUCCAGAUAAGAUUCAAAAGUUCAAGGAUGAUGCUGCAAGGGGACUUAUAAAUCACAUACUUUUCGAGUCUGAGAAGAUGUCUGGUCGUAAGUUCAGCAAGAGCUAGAGCUGAUUUUAAUUUCUUUUCUUUCUGAGAUUUCAGUUGUGUUAUGUUGGGAUAAAGUUGUGGCAGUAAAAUAAGUGAUAACAAUGUAAGCUUCAAUGCUCUAAUCCCUGUUUAUCAUUUAUGAAUGUUUAAUUCCAUGGAUUGUAAUUCAAAAAAAUUCCAUGGAAUUGUGAGGUAGACUUCUGCAUACCACAAAAAACGUAUACUCAAGCAAACAUCAAACCUUUGCAUGUCAAAA